AGAGAGAGAGAGAGAGAGAGAGAGAGAGAGAGAGAGAGCGAAUUUGAAGCUAUGAAGGUUACUAACGAAGACGUUGGGGACCGAAAUCAAAGUCAAAACCAGGUGAAGGAAACGAAGGGGAAGUCAUGCAAGGGAUGCCUCUACUAUUCUUCUAUUCUCAAAUCCAAAGAUCAGAAUCCUCUCUGUGUCGGCGUCAGUAGAACACUUCCACAAGUGCCUGGCUACAUCGUGGGAGAAUCUGAGACUGAAGCUUCCAAAGAGGGUAGCAGUCCUACUGAUUUCAAGUAUGCUUGUGUUGGUUAUUCCGUAUACUUGGAUGGAAAAGAUUCUCCAACAGAUCUACAAGAUAAACAAGCUGAAUUGCCAUUUUGUGUUGGCAUCGAGAUUUUGGUGGACAAAAGAGCUUCAACCACAAACCAUGCGCCUGCUCAUGUUCGUAAUAGAGAAGACGGUCAUGUUUUCCCACCACGAACCCACAAACCAACACAUUCCACUGGGGAGGAGUUUCUGGGCAGGUUUACAAGGAAUGCGAGCCUGGUGGCUUCGGGCGUGGCCAAGAACGUCAAUAGAGUGGGCAAUUACAUAAAGGACAAUGUCGAUGACAUGCUAUAUCCUUUCAGAAGGAGACCCAAAUAAGACUGCCGAUCCUGCCUUCACUCUAUGAGAAUGGAUUGGGGGAUCAACUUCAUUGGAUCAUCUUGGUGCACAAUUGUCCUUGUUCGUGUUUCUUUUUUCUAUCUAAUGUUAGUAUCGUUUGCCCGGAUCAGGCUCAUUGAUGCUACUACUGAACCGGUGACCCAAAUCAUUCUGGUCAAUGAUAUGCUAAUGACUAUAAUUACGGCAUUUGUUCAAGCAAAAGAAGAGGACAUCCCUCACCAUUGUGAUUGGGUUUUCUGUAUUAUUUUGAUUGAUUUUGUCCCCUAA